CAUGCUGAUGGCAGUAUUAUGAUGAAUCACACACAGGGAAUAAGAAACAGGGAAUACAAUCCUGUCAGAAAAUGAAUUUAUAGAAGUGUACAAAGCAUUUGACUUCUUGAGCAUGCCAUCUUUUUCUUUACGACCAUGAUUAAAUUAUUCUCAUUUAACUGCUUCCCUGUGUGUGGUCUUCAGAGAAGCUGUCACUAAUUAGCUAAUCACAUCGGGGAUCCUGAAGCUGCCCAUUUCCGGUCUAAGAGCUGUACCAACUCGCUACACCAAAGCCUGCGCAGUUUAAUUUAUUUGUAAAUAGAUGAACUUGCCAUCUUGCUUUGGCUGGCUAGUGUUUGGCCUGCUUUAAAACCAUGGCAAAGCCUGUUGCAGUGUAUUUGGGUGUGUCUUUGCUUUCCAUGUUCGCUGUUGGUGUGGAUUGCUUGUAUAUUAAUGGAGACUACCGCUGGGGUGCAGUUGCCCUGGCCAAGGUGCGGGUCCGAAAGUCUCUAACGCAGCAGCACAUGAGCCAUUUCAGCAUUGGCGUAAAAGGAGGUGGAGGCCAACACCGUGACACGGGAGGACAUGUGCGGUUCAGUCAGCCUGGCUCCAUAAAGGAACAGCGUCACCCCCAGACCUACUCGUCCACUAGCAGUAGAUGGACCCAGCUAAGCCAGGGUGGUAUGGUGCCCCCCCGUAGGCAUCCUCAUGAGUAUGGCUAUGGGUAUCGUCCCCCCCAGAGAGUGUCCUCCCACAGCCAGCAGUAUUCGCAGCGUAGGGUUUUCCAACACGCACAUCCCGACCCUCAUAGACACGACGUAAUGCACAGCGUGGGCACAGCCCACAGGAUUACCCAGAAUGCAAAUUCUCAUCAACCACCUCACUAUCACACCGACCCGAGUAGGAUUUCUACUCAAAACCUCUACCAGCAUGUUGACCCGAGUAGGGUUUCCCCUCAAAGACAUCAGCACCCCAUUAACUAUAAUACUGACCAGAGUAGGGUUUCUCCUGUAAGACCCUACUAUCAAAACUCCCAUGGCCACAACAUUGACCAGAGUAAGGUUUUUACUCAAAACCUCUUCCAGCACAUUGACCAGAGUAGGGUUUCUCCUGAAAGACCCCACCAUCCCCACCCCCAUCACCAGCAUCCCCACAACCACAACAUUGACCAGAGUAGGGUUUCUCCUCCAAGGCCCUACCAUCACCACAACAUUGACCAGAGUAGGGUUUCUCCCGAAAGACCCCACCAUCACCAUGGCCACAGCGUUGACCAGAGCGUGGUUUCUUUUCAAAGGCCCCAGCACCAUCACCAGCGGCACGUUGUCCAGCGACGGGUUUCUCACACCAGCCAGCGGACUUCCCAAGCCGGGUGGUACCCCUCGGCCCGGUUCACCUCUCAGGUGAUGGAUUCCAGGAGAGACCACUACGGCCGGUCCCACUGAGGCGCGUCCAACAGCCACGCGUCCCGCGUGGAUGGCCGUGUAUCGCAUGCUCUGUGGUGUUGCUUGCUUUUUCGACCCGUUGCAGAGGACGCAGGAGAUCUGGGUUCGGCGUGCCUUUCCUGGAUUUCAGUCUCUUUCCCACAUCUGCACUUCAGUCAUAAUUUAAAAUUUUUGGCUUUCUGAUCUCCCCCCCCCCCCAUCUCUUCUGUAUUGUUUUGUUUUUCUUUUUUCUUCCAAGAAUGUGGGUGUUAUUUACCUUGUGGUGUGGCUGUGUACUCAGAAUACAUUUGAGCUCUAGGACAUUGGCCAGGCUUGGUUCUGUUCAUUGUUUUUUGUAUUGAAAUAUUAAAUGGUAAAUUGCUGUCAAA